CACUUUUCUUCUGUUUCUUUCUCAUCUCAGGUAGUUUGGCAGUGGAGUAUACCUGGGAUACACGAUGCAGAAGCCGUGAUGCGGAAGGAGCCUUCCUGAUAUGUGGGACCCUCUAUGUGGUCUACAACACACGCUAUGGAGGUCGCUCCACCAUACAGUGUCUCUAUGACAUUCAUGACAUCAUCCACAGUGAUGAGAGCCCUGUCAUGUUCUUCCCAAAGCGCUACACCAGCCACAGCAGCAUCCACUACCACCCUGGAGACAAACAGCUGUAUGCCUGGGACGACGGCUACCAGACAAUAUACAAAGUGGAGACGCGCAGAAAUGAACAAGUCACUUAAGAAUGAAGAUGAUCAACAUCUUUCAAAAACAUGUGUUAUCACUAACCAGAUGUAGGAAAAAAGACGAUUGAAUAGUAGCUUAUAUCUACUUUUUUAUAGUUAUCUUUAGCUGGCAAUAGAAGCUAACUUUAUCAAUAGUAAUUGUUAAAGACUGUGUCCAACAAAAGGCAUUUUUUACAUAGGCUUUAUAUUUUGUAUUACCACAAUAAAGAACAUUGAAGUUU